UUCCAUCCCACCAUCCACCUCCCAACCCAAUCUUUCUCAUCUUUUCCUCUUCUCCUUCUUCUCACUCUACUCUGUUUUCUACGAUCAUGGCUGCAAACAGAGAACCCAUGAACGUCGGUGCCAGAGCUCCGGUUUCUCCUCAGCAACCACACUCGCCCUGGCAUUCUCCGGUUCCCUACCUAUUUGGGGGGCUAGCGGCGAUGCUGGGUCUCAUAGCCUUCGCUCUUUUGAUCCUUGCAUGUUCCUAUUGGAAGCUCUCCGGCUACCUUGAAGGGAACGGGGAAACAGAACGGGACGUGGAAGCUGGCGAGGGAAAAACGGAACAGGACCAGAAACCUCAGAGACCGUACGAGGAGAAGAUCCUGGUGAUCAUGGCCGGCCAAGAGAAACCGACAUUCCUGGCCACUCCCAGCGUCUCUUCUUCUUCAAGCUGCAGCACUAGCAGGUCCUCUUCCUUCGGCGACAACACAAGCACCUGCACCUGCGAAGAGACGCGAAAAUCGCUGGAGAUGGCACAGACCCUUAAAGAGGGAAGUGCAGAGAGCGGGACCACCGACACCUCGUCGGAUCAGAACCCUUGAUCUAGCCAAACGUGUGGACAUGUUGGGGGGUUUUGUUUCUUUCGUGCUAAAAGCAAAGGUCGUGACACCUCUGAAUUUUGGGUGUCUCUCUAGGUAGUUAGGUUGCAUGUUCAACAAUUGGCAGUGAACCAUAUAGGGAUUCCGAUUCUCUUUUUUUUCUUUCUCCUCUGUACAUUAUUUCGGGAAUGUAAAUUCUUUGAGGUGGAACUAGAAUGGAUUCUCUUGCUGUUUCACAAA